UGCAAUCACUAGGGACUUUCCAAAGGGGAGUGCUUGGGAAGUACCUAUAUUUAUACAGAUUGUUCUUUGUUGUGUUUUGAUAAUGCUUGUGUCUACUCAAAGGUGACAUGGUUUCUAAAACUCCACCAGAACACAACUAUCGUCAGCUGAAAGAAAAAAUAUUCUUUUUUAACAAGGAAGCUGGAGGGAAAUGGAACACGUUCGUGCUUGUUUUGAGUUUGUUGCUUGGUGCAGAAAUCUUUGGGACGGCUUAUUUGUUUUUUCACUUCGCUAUGGAAAUCAAACAGACUCGAGAGCUGGUGAGAUCGGGAGACUACCCACUGCGGUGUCUGCAGUAUCUUGUGGAUCAAGACUUUCUGGAAAGGAAAUUGCCCCACUCCGGAGAUUCUGCCUGUGACCAGUGGCUUAGGGAAGCAGAGCACAUUAUAAAUAAGCAGUUGAAGUCAGAUAUCAGGAACACAUUACAUCGUGAACUCACAGCACAAAAUGUGUCUUUGACCCAUUUCAGAAAACCAGCCAUUCAUCUCGGACCUGAUCACCUUGGAAGACAAUUCCAUGUGAAGCUAAACAGCGAGGAUACAGGAGGUCACAAGUUGCAGUGGGACAACAUAGAUGGGAUGGCGUUGCAGCAAGGGAUGAUGGGAUACCAGGACAGUGAAAUAGUCGUUCCGCGGGAUGGCGUUUACUUCAUCUACUCACAAGUGUACUUCCGAGUUGGUCCCCGAGGCAAGGACCAGCAGAGCCAACCCUUCCUGCAGUAUAUCUACCGGAAAACCUCUUACCAGGACCCUAUCCUGCUCUCCAAGGCUGUGGGCACCAAGUGCUGGGACGAGGGGGCUGAGUUCGACCUGUUCUCCAGCUUCCAGGGAGCCCUGUUUCAGCUCACACAGGGAGACCGACUUUUCUUGAAGGUGACUGACAUCAGCACUAUACAGCUCAAUAAGGAGUCCACCUAUUUUGGGGCCUUUAUGGUUUUUUAACAAAUGUGUGAAAUAACAGUUUUUUUUUGGUGGUGCAUAACAAGGACUGAUAAGUGUAAUAAUAGUAAUGUAAUUUUGUUUAGGACUCUUAUGGAUUAGUGAGAGUUGGCUUGAUAGAAGAUUCUGUGAUAAGUCUGUUUUCAGGUUUAUAUAUUAAAAACUGUACUGGGAGAAA